AUGUCUGCUUCCGGACUCACGCCAGUGAUGGAGGCCGCCGCCGCCCCUGCGACGCCUACCGGGGCGGUCGGCUCUCCGGCCACUCCUGGCGUGAGUCUGGACUUCGGCCCGACCUCGGCGCCUACUACAACCGCGCCUGGUGGUCUGGACCUGGAUAGCCUGGAGGGGCUUGAGCCUACGCCUCUUGGGGCGUCUGGCUCCUCUGGCGCCGGGUGCUACGGAGCCGAGGUCGUCGACUUGCUGGGCCUGGAGCUCGACGACAGCCCGGCCCACUUCAUCCGGUCGUUCGUGGCGGGCCUCUCCGUCACUGGCUUGGCGGCCGCCAUCAGGGCGCUUUCGCCCGAGGACGCCUCCAACCUCAGGGCGGCCAUGGCCGAGGCGGAGGCCACGCCGGAUCAGGACACGGCGGCGGACGAGGGCUCGGCGGUUCUGGGAGAGGCGCGAGCCAGCGACGGCCAGGGCGUCGCCCAAGCUCGCCGCCGCACCGCCUGGCCCUGCAGCGCCGGAGAUCCCGACGGCCGCGCCGAUCCUGACGGCGGCCAGGCCGCUCCAGUCUUCGGCUCGCCGGCCAAGGCACCGCCGGUGCCCUUCCCGCCAAGGCGCCGCUACAACGCCUUCGUCGACUAUACGGCCUCUUCCGCUGGACCGGCGCCACCGGCCGCCAGGCCUAGGCCGCCGGGGCGGGCCAGGGGCGGCUUCUUCAUCGUCUACGGUGCCGCCUCCGCCAAGUCCUCCUUCCCGCCGCCGGAGACAGCCAACGGGCAUCGUCGUACCCCCGAUGAGUUCGGCUUCCCGCUGCACGAGCCCGGCGCCUCCAUGGCCACCACGCCCUUGUCGCCUUCGCUUCGCGGCUGGGCGGCCAAUUCUUGGGAGGCGGCAGUCGCCCUGGAGCAGGGCGUCAUCCUCCGCACCUUGCCGGGGAACGUCAGGGGCGGCCGCCUGCCACGCCGCCCGGACAGCCACAACCUCGACUGGGUGGGCUGGUGCUUCGUGGGAUGCCCCCCGGGCCGAGGACUAGCUCGCCGAUUACAAGUUCGCCUGGCCUCGAUCUUCUUCGCCCGCUCUUUCGCCGAGCUGGUGGCACAGGCCACUCGCGCCGGGCAAGCAGAGCACUUGCCGCUCCUGGCUCGCGCCGGGGUGCGGACGGAGGCCCGGGCGUCCCUGAUAUUGGCCAAGACGACGCGGGGGCCUUAUGAGUCACGCCUCAAAACUUGGAACAGGCUCGCCUACGAGGGCGAGGUCGCCCCUUGGCCUGUCUCGGCGCACGUCCUCGAGGUCAUCGGGGCGGGCUUCAAGAAGGGCGCCUACCGCAGCGCCAAGGAGUACUUCCUCGCCGCCUUCCGGUACCAGGAGCACGAGCUCCGCAUCGUCGUCGACCCGCUCCUGCGGCGCCUGGCUAAUAGGAUCAUCCGGUCUGUGGUCCGGGGGCUCCCAGGUUUGCGCCUCAAGCAGGCCUUCGUCGUGGACGCCCUGGUGCCGCUCGUCGCCUUCGCCGACGCCGUCGCGGCCGCCCGGGUGGGCGACUUGGUCAUCAUGAGGUCCAAAGAAGACUCCGUGCACUUCCUGAACGCGGUCCUGCGUGCCGCCGGCCUGGCCACCACGUUCCUGGACCACGCCGGGGUGGAGAAGAACGUCUUCGGUGGCCAUGCGUGUCGGGCGGCGGGCGCCACCUUCCUGGCCGCCAAGCGCAUCCCUUUGCCCGUGAUCCAGCUUAUUCUGGGCCGCUGGUCUUCCAGGGCCAGGCCGGGGCGGGGCCUCCGCCCAGCCCAUUCUGGGCCCAUGAUUGGAAGAGAGCCCGCCAAAGCAGGGCGAGAUGCAGCUGGCCCUCCGACCGACCGGUCGCGGCAGACCGCCAGGAAGAAGGCCUGCGGGGCACAGGAGGCUGCUCCGGGAGAGGGGCCCGGACGCCCGGCCUUGGAGUGUCAGCCCGGGCGGUGCCGGCGGAGGAGUCAUGGCGGACAGAGCCGCCUGGAGGGCUGCUGGGUGCGGGUGGUAGGCGGCCCCGAGGACUUUGACGUCCAGACCAGGGGCGGUGUGGCGGCAAACUACCUCAGGGUGAUCCGCCUCGACUCCUUACCGCAGCCCUGGCUCCAGGGGACUUCAGGAGACGAGCUGAAUCGCCUGGCGGUGCCUCAGAAGGAGACCGGCUCCCUGCACAUCGUCAGGGGCAACCUGGUUGUGACGGACGACAAGAAGCCGUGGGAACCCCGCGGUGUCAUGUCGGUGCUGGACGGGCUCGAGGCGGUUCGCCUGGCGUGGAUCCUGACCACGGUCGGCGACGAGGGCGACGUCAACGACUACAUCGCCUGGUGGGACCGCAAGGUCCGGGCCCGCGCGGCCCACAUUGAGAACAUAGUCGCCUACUGGACGUCGACGGCGACGACCUUGGCCAUGGAGCUGCGCCAGAGGCGCACCUUCAAAGAGGUCACCGCCGACAUCAUGGCGGAUACUUCGGCCUGGCUGGAAGCCAUGGCCACGCCGCCGCCCCGCCCGGAGCCCAAGAAGCCCGCCAAGCCACAGCCGCCGCCCAAGGCCGAACCGGACCAGGGGGCGGACUGGACCCCGCCGACCCCGAAGUGGCAGCGCACGGGGAAGGGCAAGAAGGGGCAGAAGGGCCAAAAGGGCGGCAAGAAGGGAGCCAAGGGCGGCGGCAAAGGUCAGGAGCGCCAGCGCCGCCAGGAAGAGCAGCGCCGCGACCAAGCUUGGGACGACUCCUGGUGGGCGUCCUCUUCUUGGGGCUCGAACUACGACUGGGAAGCGCCCGGCCGCGAGCAGGGCGGCCGGGGCGAGAAGAAGCGCGCCUACGCCCCCGCCAAAACGAGCCAGGCUCCGGCCAAAUCGCCCGGAGGGGCGGUCCAUCAUCGUCCUCUCCGCCUUCGACGGCAUCGGCGCGGCCCAUCGCAGUCCACCUUUGGCUGCACGGGGCGGGCCGCCAUCAAGCCCCUCUACUCCCGGGCGGCAGACACGGCGGCAAACUCGGCAGACGCGCUGUCCGUGGGUCUUGGGGCCGCGCUCUCUGCGCUCCGACGGCUGGUGCAACAAUCUCGCCCCAGGCUAGUGCCGUGGCCGGGGCGGGUGCAGGGCCCAUUCCCGGUGCUCUACGCGGACGCCUUCUUCCUGGACGGCGACUUGCGCCGCAAGCCUGGGCACCUCGAGCCGGGGGACCCCGUUCCCAAGGACGUCAGGUGGCGAAACGGUUGGGGCUUCGUGCUGCUCCUGGGCGACCACGUCUUCUACGACUUCGGCGUCAUCAAGCCCGAGCUCCUCCAGCCGUUCACCGCCAGGAAGGCCUUCAUCUACGUCCUGGAGAUCCUCGCCCAGGUCCUUCCCGUGGUCGUCUUCGCUCGCCGACUGCCCCCUCACUGGAUCGCCUUCAUCGACAACGUCGCCGGGCAGUUCGCCCUCAUGAAGGGCUACGGGAAGGUCCCGGCGGUCAACGGCAUCUUGGCCUCCUUCUGGGGGCUGGCGGCGGAGCGCCAGUGGGCGCCCGACUUUUACCGC